AUGAACCGUGCUUUUAGCAGAAAGAAAGACAAAACAUGGAUGCAUACUCCCGAAGCUUUAUCAAAGCAUUACAUUCCCUACAAUGCGAAGUUUCUUGGCAGUACAGAAGUGGAACAGCCAAAAGGAACAGAAGUUGUGAGGGAUGCUGUAAGGAAACUAAAGUUUGCAAGACAUAUCAAGAAAUCUGAAGGCCAGAAAAUUCCUAAAGUUGAACUGCAAAUAUCUAUUUAUGGAGUCAAAAUUCUAGAGCCCAAGACAAAGGAAGUCCAACACAAUUGCCAGCUUCAUAGAAUAUCAUUUUGUGCAGAUGAUAAAACCGACAAGAGGAUAUUCACUUUCAUAUGCAAAGAUUCUGAGUCAAAUAAACACUUGUGCUAUGUAUUUGACAGCGAAAAGUGUGCUGAAGAGAUAACGUUAACAAUUGGCCAAGCAUUUGACCUGGCAUACAGGAAAUUUCUAGAAUCUGGAGGAAAAGAUGUUGAAACCAGAAAGCAGAUUGCAGGGUUACAGAAAAGAAUCCAAGACUUAGAAACAGAAAAUAUGGAACUGAAAAACAAAGUACAGGAUUUGGAAAAUCAGUUAAGAAUAACUCAAGUAUCAACAUCUGCAGCAGGCAGUGUGAUGACCAGUUCACCCUCUACUGACAUCUUUGAUAUGAUUCCAUUUUCUCCUGUCUCACACCAGUCCUCCAUGCCUACGCGAAAUGGCACACAGCCACCUCCUAUACCCAGCAGAUCUUCUGAGAUUAAACGGGACUUGUUUGGGGCAGAACCUUUUGAUCCAUUUAACUGUGGAGCAGGGGAUUUUCCUCCAGAUAUUCAAUCAAAAUUAGAUGAGAUGCAGCGCCAGAGAUGGAGGGGUUCAAAAUGGGACUAACUCUUGAAGGAACAGUAUUUUGUCUGGACCCAUUAGACAGUAGGUGCUGAUGUCAAGAACAAAAGAUCCUGACUCGUGUUAAAUUUGUUUAUAUACACAUAUAUAUCAUUCAUUAUUA